AUGGCUGAGGCAAUGGUAGUUUGCAACGGGGUGAGGCGUUUGGGGUUGGCUGUGGGUGUGAUGGCUCUGUUUCAGAGAUGGGUUGUGCGAUGGGUUAGGGUUUGCAGAGAUGCGUUGUGCGUUGGGGAUUGCAGAGAUGGGUUAUGCGAUGGCUCUGUUUCAAAGGGGAUGGGGUGUGCGGUGGAGCUUUUUGUAAAUUUGAUGGGGUGUGUUUGCAAGAGGAGGGAAUUUUCGAUGGGUGGGGCUUGA